AUGGACAUUGCUCGUCUUUUGGAAUCGGCGUUGCUAGCCACUGACGCCUCUGUGCGUAAUCAGGCUGAACAGCAGUUGCAAGAGUUGGCUGCCUCUUCUUACCAGCAAUACAUGCUCUACCUUUCCGAGGUGUUGGUCAAUGCCGAGGCAAAGCCAGAGGUCAGAAUGUUGGCCGCACUCGGUAUGAAGAACCAGUUGACUUCUAAGGAUAGCCGUGUGAGAGCAGAUCAACAUUCUAAAUGGUUAGUAUUGGACCCCCAAGUGAAAGAGAAGAUUAAGGAGGCUGCUAUGCAAGUUUUGUUGGGAAAUGAGGAGCGUAUGGCCUCAUCGGUGCCGCAGUUGGUUAGUGCCAUUGCUACCAUCGAGUUGCCUCGCAAUGAAUGGCCUACAUUGAUUCCCACCAUCAUUGAGAACACCAAGACCGACAAACCCACCCAGGUGAAACGUUCAUGUUUGCUUACCAUCGGAUACAUCUGCGAGAGUGCUGAUGCCAAUGAUCCACAGAUUCUUUCCCAGAGUAAUGGUAUUUUGAUUGCCAUUGUCCAGGGUGUUCAGUCGAGCGAGCCUUCCACCCAAGUCAGAUUGACGGCAUUGAAUGCGUUGAGCAAUUCGUUGCAGUUCAUCAAGCUCAACUUCCAACGCGAAGGUGAACGUAACUUCAUCAUGCAAGUGGUGUGUGAAGCUACCCAGGCUUCCGACUCCGAGUUACAGGCGGCCGCUUUUGGGUGUCUUGCUAAGAUCGUGCUGAUGUACUAUCAACACAUGUCCUUGUAUAUGGAGAAAGCUUUGUAUGUAUUGUCCAUCCUGGGUAUGCAGAGCAACGAUGACAAGGUGGCAUGUAUGGCUAUCGAGUUCUGGUCCACCAUUUGUGAGGAGGAGUUUGACAUUGCUUUCCAGCUCCAUGAGUACGGUGAGCGUGAGGACCCAGCCACUGCUGACCUCCAAUCCUACAACUUUGCACUUCUUGCCACCAACGAUGUGUUGCCGGUUUUGUUGACGUUGUUGACGAAACAAAACGAGGACCCUGAAGAUGAUGACUGGUCUGUGGCCAUGGCCGCUGGUUCCUGUUUGCAAUUGUUCGCUCAAACCACUGGAAUGUACGUGGUGGAGCCUACUCUCAAGUUCUUUGCUGCAAACAUUGAACUGCAAGAGUGGAGAAACCGUGAGGCGGCUGUCAUGGCUUUCGGUUCUAUCUUGGAGGGUCCAGAGAUUGACCAAUUGAACGGCCCUAUCCUGGAGGCGAUCAAGCCAAUCUUACACUUGAUCAAAGACCCAACAUUGCAGGUCCAGGAGACUACUGCUUGGUGUUUGGGUAAGCUCACUGAAGUUGCUCUUGCAGUCAUCGACCUCGGUACUGAAAUGGAGCCUUUGUUGGAAGCUUUGUUGGUUGCUUUGAACGGUCACCCUAAGGUAUCUGUUAACGCUUGUUGGGCAUUGAUGAACAUUUUAGAGCAACUAUGCCCUGAUGCUCCACAGCAGAACUCGAGUGUCAUGUCUCGUUACUAUGAGACCUUCGUUCCUGCUUUGGUUCAAAUCUCCAACAAGGAAGACAACGAAUACAACUCGCGCGCUUCCGCAUAUGAGGCUUUGUCUGCAUUUGUUACUUAUAGUGCUGUCGAUACUAUGCAUAUCAUCCAGAGCAUUGCUUUGGAAGUCUUGAACCGUUUGGAGACCACCAUCUCUAUGCAGCAACAAGCAUACAACGCAGAGAGCAAGACCGCAUUGGAAGAGUUGCAGAUAAAUAUCUUGUCUUUAUUGACCAACAUUAUUAGACGUUUGAGCCAUGACGUUCUGGGUGCUGCUGACAAGUUGAUGACCAUGUUUAUCAAGUUGUUGGAUGCACAGCAGCCUAACGCUUUGAUCGAAGAGGAUAUUUUCAUUGCUAUCUCGGCUGUUUCCAGUGCUGUGGGACCAGAGUUCUUGAAGUACAUGGAUCUCUUUAUCCCAUACUUGACCAAGGCUUUAACCAACGUUGACUCGCCAACCUGUAUUACUGCUGUGGGUCUUGUUGCUGAUUUGGCUCAAUCAUUGGGUACUGCUAUUGGCCCAUACUUGAAUGGAUUAAUGGACAUCAUGGGUGCUAACUUGAGCAACAAUGCUGUCAAGAGGGAAUUGAAGCCCGCCAUCUUAUCCUGUUUCGGAGAUAUUGCAGGGGUUGUCGGCGAAGGUUUCUUUCCAUACAUGGAGAUUGUAAUGCAAAUUUGCACGCAACUUGCCAACAGUGUUCCUGAUGAUAAUUCAUACGAGUCUAUGGACUACGUCACCAACGUUAAGGAGGCUGUAUUGGAUUGUUAUGUGGGAAUUGUCAGCAGCUUGAGCACCAAACCCGACCUAUUAUACAACUUCCUUGGGCCUAUCUUCCAGUUGAUUCAACAGAUUGCGGGAGACAUCGAGUUGGCCAUGAACGAGUCUACGGCACGCUCUGCAGUGGGAUUGUUGGGUGACAUUGCAGCCAUGUACCAGGAUGGUCAGUUGAGAAGCUUCUACGAGCAGGAGUGGGUCACCUCGUUCAUCAAGAAGACUAGAAGCAACCUCACUUUCUCACAACAAACCAAGGAUGCAGCUAGAUGGGCCAGGGACAGGCAGAAGCGCCAAAUCGGCUAG